AUGGGAAAAGCAAGCAAAGCUACGAAGAAAUUCAAUAAGAAUCAUUUGAAGGACACCUUAGAACGAAGGAGAGGAUUAGCGAAAGAGAAAAGAAACCAUGAAUCUAAAAAAAAAAAGUCUCUAACGGCUCAAGAGAAAAAGACUGAGGAUAUUUCUGAUUUUUACGCCAAGUUGGACCCAUCGAAAGCAACCUUACGUAAAGAUGGAGAUUUAGUAAAGAAGCAAGAGUCUACGCCGUCAGGCAAUGAUAAAGCUCAGGAGACUGAAAAUAGUUUGUCAAAGUACUCAACGAAAGAGUUAGAAGCAGCCAUAGCAUUCUGUCAAAAGUUGUCUGGUACUGAACAACCUGUUUCUCUUCUUUCACAUUUGCCUCAGGAUUUGAAGAAGGAACUCACAGACAUGGACUUUAAUCAACGCUCUAGCUUCUUACAAGAUUGUCGUAUGAGCUUUGCCAGCCUCUUGUUAGAUGAAGUUUUAUCUUCUCGAGGCGAUCUACAAAUUUUGUCGUCAGUCAAGGAAGUUAUUUUGCAUAUCAAGAGCUUUUCUUCGUUUUCAUCAAGUUUUAUCUCAAAAGCCUGUCGAAUUUUUAUUUCUUAUCCUGAUUCUCGCGAACUAAUUCAGAUGAUUAUAAAUCAUAUUUGCAACACUACUCCUUCAUUGAUAGUGUCAACAUUUCAAUACUUUUAUGUUCAACUUAUAUCCUUCUUCAAAUCUUCACCUGCUCAGAGUGGAAACUUAGAUACUGUUGAGGAAAUGCAAUUGUUUCUUAUUGAACUAUUAUCCUUGAGUCACGAUACUUGCAAAAAGAUAUUCUUAAGUUACACUCAUCAACUGAACACUCAUUUGCAGAAUUGUUUAAAACAAGCUGAUAAUGUGGAUGCCCACAAACUAAUCUACAAUUGGCAAUUCACUUUGUCCCUACAAUUUUGGUCUGAGGUAAUCUGUCUUUUAUGGGAAGAUUUACAAACUAUUUGCAAAGAGAUUUCUCCUCAGUUAAUUAAUCUAAUUUUAGACACUAUGAGACUCAUCCCUUCAGAACAAUAUUAUCCUAUGAGGUUGCGUCUUCUUUCUUCAUUAGUUAGAAUUUGUCGAAGCAGUCAUCUCUAUAUUCCUUUAUCUUCACAUUUUGUUGAAAUGGCUCCUUUCUUCUUAAAAAAGAGUCGUAACUUAACCCGUGAGAAGGAUUCGGCGUAUAAUUUCGACGUCUUAACGACUUUGCAUAUUCCCAAGGAAUGCCUAGCUUCCCAAACGUAUCGAAAGAAUCUUAGAAAAGUAUACCUUUCGGUGAUGACGGAAUACUUUGCAACUUUUUCUAAUUCGAUAGCGUUUCCUGAACUAGCCGUUCCUGCCAUUUCUCAAUUUCGAACUUUUAUUUCUCGUUAUCCUUCUGAAAAUAGUAUUUCUCAGUUCGUGGAGAAAUUGGUGGAAACAUAUUCGUUUAUUCAACAGAAACGGUUAAAUAUUGAGUUUACUCAAAAAGACCACUCACAAGUAAUUGCUUUUGAGCAGGAGCUUGACUGGCGAAGUACGCCUAUUGGCAAAGCCGUUAGAUGA